AGCCUGAGAGAGUCCCAACCUCACGCUACUUGCGAGGAUAUAGAGUAGUGAAGGAGCGCGUUUGUUACAGCUAGGUUUACAACUCUUUUACUCAAUCAAUCGCCGUGACUGAGAGAGUUACAAAAUCUCUCUGCAUUAUUUCCGUAGUUUAUGCAAUGGCAGGUGUCCCCACCGUCUCUUCUGGCUAUACAUCGGGCCUUCUGCACCGGACUCCGGCGGAAGACACAGAGAUGGAGUCAGCCAACCAGUCGUGGAGACUCAAUUUAGAAGAGUUUCAAUUGCCGGAGCAACAACACCAAGAGGACCCUCGACCUGGUUUCUCAGACCUUUUGAGGUGUCUAAGAAAACAAGGAAAAGUUGCCAAGUAUUACAGGAGGCAAGAGAAGCUACUCAAGGGAUUCAAUGAAAUGGAAGCUGUUACUGAAUAUGGUUCUUUGCCUGGUCAUCUAACAGAGGAUGAGCAGCAGCAGCUGGCGAGGAGCGAGAGGAUGGCUGUUCAUGCAUCAAAUAUAGCUAAUAUUGUUCUGUUCAUGGCAAAAGUUUAUGCUUCAGUGGAGAGCAGAUCUUUAGCAGUGAUUGCAUCGACCUUGGACUCAUUCAUGGAUCUCUUAUCUGGUUUCAUUCUCUGGUUCACCGACCACGCCAUGAGAAAACCCAAUCACUAUCGUUAUCCAAUUGGCAAACAGAGGAUGCAACCUUUGGGCAUCAUAGUUUUUGCUUCAGUGAUGGCAGCCUUGGGACUACAAGUAUUGUUAGAAUCUUCUCGGGAACUGAUAGCACAGUCUCGCCCAGAAUUGAACAGAGAGAAGGAAAUAUGGUUGAUCGCAAUCAUGACCUCAGUCACAGCAGUAAAAUUUGUACUGAUGAUAUAUUGUCGACAAUUUAAGAAUGAAAUCGUUAGAGCCUAUGCUCAAGAUCAUUUCUUUGAUGUGGUUACUAACUCAAUCGGUCUAGUAACAGCUGAGCUUGCUUAUCGAUUCUUGUGGUGGAUUGAUCCAACUGGGGCCAUAUUAAUAGCUGUAUAUACAAUCAGUAAUUGGUCGAAGACAGUUGUUGAGAAUGUGAGAUCGUUGAUUGGAAGAAGUGCUCCUCCUGAUUACUUAACAAAGCUGACAUAUCUCAUCUGGAAUCAUCAUGAAGAGAUCAAGCACAUUGAUACAGUAAGAGCCUAUACCUUUGGUGCCAAUUACUUUGUGGAGGUGGACAUAGUCCUACCUGGGAAUAUGCUUCUCAGUCAAGCCCAUAACAUUGGAGAAACGCUACAAGAGAAGCUGGAGCAGCUCCCUGAUGUCGAUAGAGCUUUUGUCCAUAUAGAUUAUGAGUUCACUCACAAGCCAGAGCAUAAUAACAAGCUCUACUGAUAUUAAAAGUUUGUUGUCUUUUGAUAGAUAAACAGCCCUUAUAUACGGUUGUUUUUUUUUUUUUUUGAAAAGUAUCAAGGAAGGAUUAUUUUCCCAAGGAAAUGGCAUUGAACUUGACGUGAAGCCACUUGCUAAGAAAGUUUCGGUUUCUCUAAUUAGAAGGUGUAGCCUGGAGCCGAAAGGACUCCUCUUUUUUUACACAUAUUGCUCAUUAAGGAAGUUUUGAGGCAGAGGGAGAAAUCUUUA